CGAAACCCCGACCAGAACUAACGUAGCUGGCGGAGGCGGGCCUAGCGCGCAGAGUCUGGGCCCUGACUGACAGCGUGGCGACAUGGCCGCGGAUUCGCGUGCCAAGGCCGCCACUCUGAACCUGAGACGCCGCCUGCUCAGCUCUUCCUGCAGACUCUUUUUUCCUGAGGACCCUGUUAAGAUUAUCCGAAGCCAAGGGCAGUACCUGUACGAUGAGCAAGGACGAGAGUUCCUGGACUGUGUCAACAAUGUGGCUCAUGUCGGGCACUGCCACCCUACCGUGGUCCAAGCUGCACAUGAACAGAACCUGGUGCUCAACACCAACAGCCGAUACCUGCAUGACAACAUUGUGGACUAUGCCCAGAGGCUGUCGGAAACCCUGCCAAAGGAGCUCUCGGUGUUUUAUUUCCUGAAUUCUGGGUCAGAAGCCAAUGACCUGGCCUUGAGACUGGCUCGUCAGUACACAGAACACCAGGAUGUGGUAGUAUUGGACCAUGCUUAUCACGGUCACCUGAGCUCCUUGAUUGACAUCAGUCCCUACAAGUUCCGGGACCUGGAUGGCCAGAAGGAAUGGGUCCAUGUGGUAUGCACGCCCACAUCGCCACAGGUGAGUUUCCACCCCCAAGCCUGGAUGACAUGGCAGUGUCUCUCCCUACAGGCUCCUCUCCCAGACACCUACCGGGGUCCUUACCGGGAGGACCACCCCAAUCCAGCAGAGGCCUAUGCCAAUGAGGUGAAGAAUGUGGUCAACAUCGCACAGGAGAAGGGCAGGAAGAUUGCAGCCUUCUUUGCUGAGUCUCUACCCAGUGUGGCUGGGCAGAUCAUUCCCCCUGCUGGCUACUUCUCCCAGGUGGCAGAGCAUAUUCGCAGGGCCGGAGGGCUCUUUGUUGCAGAUGAGAUCCAGGUUGGCUUUGGCCGGGUAGGCAAGCACUUUUGGGCCUUCCAGCUGGAGGGGGAAAGCUUUGUCCCUGACAUUGUCACCAUGGGCAAGUCCAUCGGCAAUGGCCAUCCUGUUGCCUGUGUGGUCACUACCCAAGCUGUGUCAAGAGCAUUUGAAGCCACGGGUAUAGAAUACUUCAACACGUUUGGUGGCAACCCAGUGUCCUGUGCUGUGGGGCUGGCAGUCCUGGAUGUCUUGGAAACAGAACAACUCCAGGCUCAUGCCACUAAUGUGGGCAGUUUCCUAAUGGAGCACCUCAGCCAGCAGAAAGCCAAGCACCCUAUCAUUGGAGAUGUCAGGGGCACUGGACUCUUCAUUGGUGUGGAUCUGAUCAAAGAUGAGACCUUGAGGACACCAGCAACUGAAGAAGCAGAAUACCUGAUCUCCAGGCUGAAGGAGAACUACAUUUUAUUGAGCACUGAUGGCCCUGGGAGGAAUGUCCUGAAGUUCAAGCCUCCAAUGUGCUUCAGCCUGGAUAAUGCACAGCAUUUGGUAGCAAAGCUGGAUGACAUUCUAACUGAUCUGUGGUAUUUUUUUCUAGAUAUGGAAGAAAAAGUAAGGAGUUGUAAAACACUCAGGAUCCAGCCCAACUCAGUCAAGCACCCUUCAGAAGGUACUCAUCCUAGGCAAAUAUUCUAACAGGACGGCAAGCCGACCUCCACCUUACAGAUAAAAUCAAGCAUGAGGCAUUGUUGGAAGCCAUAUUGCUACCCUCCUCUUUAAGUACUGGUCCAAUGAGAUAUGUUUCACAUCUAAAUCUGAACAGAACCCAGACUCACUUUCACGACUGAUAACUUAAGGGAAUAUAAAUGCUUUUACUUAAUGAUGUUUCUAAAGGCAGUCCUAUUACAUUCCCAUUAAAAAAAAAAGUAACGUUAAACCCACUUCACUGGGAUGCAAAAACAAACAAAACUCUUCCAAGUUUCAAACUAGCAUGUUAUAGAGAGCUGCAGUUCUGCCAUGGAAGCAAUGAGAUGCAUAUAUCUCCUAUCAAGCUUUGCCUGAUUUUAUCUUACUGAAUUAAAGGUACUGAAUAAAUUA